GUCUUUGUACGCUUGAUUUACUGAUUUACCGCUUCCUGUAGGAAGUGGCGCUUCUUAGUUCACACGAUCUCAAACUUGUUCUACCUGAUUGACUGUUGCUGUUGGCUUAUUUGAAUUUCAACUGCAGCUCACUGACAUACCUAUCUAUUCAGUCUAUUCUGGGCUAAUUAACAUCUUAUUUUUGGUUUUUGUUUCAUUCCUGAACAGAAACCAGUUUUGGUGAUUCCAGCCUGCUUGAACAGUCAGCCGGGUGAGUAACAGAAUCACAAAGACAAGCGAGAAUGAACGCCGACAUCUGCACCAUCCACGUUGACGGCAUCCCCCUGGACACGCUCAGUAAGGUUCAAACCUACCUGAAGCCAUUCAUGCUGUCCCUGGAGGUCCUGCAGCAGGUUUCCGCACGACUGGAACGUGAGCUGAAACGAGGCCUGGGGAGGCACACGCACCACAAGGCCGCCGUCCAGAUGCUGCCCACUUUUGUCACAGCCACGCCGGACGGGACGGAAAAAGGCGACUUCCUGGCUUUGGACCUGGGCGGGACAAACUUCCGGGUGCUCCGCGUGCGAGUGCUGGAGGAAGAGCAGAGGAUGGUGAAGAUGGACAGUCAGAUCUGCGCCAUCCCGCAAGACAUGAUGGAGGGACCUGGAGAAAAGUUGUUCGACCACAUCGCCGCCUGUUUGGGGGAAUUUCUCAAGUCGCAGAAUCUGCAGGGCGAAGUUCUCCCUCUGGGCUUCACCUUUUCUUUCCCCUGCCAUCAGAAGGAAAUUGAUAAGAGCAUCUUGAUCCGCUGGACCAAAGGCUUCCAAUGCUCGGGGGUGGAGGGCCAAGAUGUGGUGCAGCUUCUGCGAGAGGCAAUUCAGCGGCAAGGGGAUUACGACGUGGGCUCCAUCGCCAUGGUCAACGACACCGUGGGCACUAUGAUGAGCUGCGGCUACAGGGACCAAAGCUGCGAGAUCGGCAUGAUCAUCGGCACGGGCACCAACGCGUGCUACAUGGAGGAGAUGAAGAACGUGAAACGCGUGGAUUGCAACCAAGGACGUAUGUGCAUCAACACCGAGUGGGGCGGCUUCGGCGACAACGGUUCGCUCGCGGACAUUCAGACCGAGUUUGACGUCCAGGUGGACAAGACGUCCAUAAACCCCGGCAUCCACAUCUUUGAGAAGAUGAUCAGCGGCAUGUACCUGGGUGAGAUAGUGCGCCUCCUUCUGGUGAAGAUGACAAAAGACGGGCUGCUGUUCAAGGGGCAGGCAUCGGAGGCGCUGCUGUCGCCGGGCGGAUUUCAGACCAAGUACAUCUCCCACAUAGAAGAGGAGCUCAAUGGCCUGGAGAACGGGAACAAAAUCUUGAGCAACUUGGGUCUGGCGUGGGAGCCGGUGGACGUGCGUGUGGUGCGGAUGGUCUGCGACACGGUGUCGUCGCGCUCGGCUCGCCUCUGCGCCGCCGCGCUAGCCACCCUCGUCAACCGCAUGAGGGUCGCCCGCGGCCUGGAACGCCUGAAAACCACCGUGGGAGUGGACGGCUCUGUAUACCGCAAACACCCCAACUUCAGCGCCGAGUUGCAGGCCACGGUGCGCCAGCUGGCCCCCGAAUGCGACGUCACCUACCUGCUCUCGGAGGACGGCAGCGGCAAAGGCGCCGCCAUGGUAACGGCGGUGGCGCUGAGGCUGGCCCGCGAGUCCCGCCUGCUGGAUGACAGCGACGGUGAGGACAGCGACGACGAAGAGCAAUGAGACGCCUCCGACAUCACCGCACAUGGAUCCGUUUCUUUAAUUACCUUUUUUUUUUUUGUGUUGAUAUGGUACAGACUGAAUUCGAAAAGACUUGGAUUAAUCUUGCCCUUCAAAAUUCUCAAAGUCUUCUUUGUCCAGUCAAGUUUAUUUAUAUAGCCAUAAAUCACAAACAGUCUCAAAGGGCUCCACAUAGACAAACAAAUUGACAAUUAUUCUCAAAGCAUCCCCUGAUCUUAAGAUCCCAAAUGCUUUGAAUGCUUUAGUUAAUCUGUUUCAUUUUUUCCACAUUUUUUUGGGUUCCAAAAUGGAUUAAAUAUUCUUUCCGCAAACUUCCACACUUAAUAAUUGGAACAUGAAAAAAAUACAUGGUUGUUUUUUUUUUCUCCAAAUUCAGAAAUUGUAUGUACAGGCAUACAGGCAAGGUGGAUAAUGUAAAAAAAAAACGUCUUUUUUUCCCCUCCUCCAUUUCAUUAUGUUACAAACUUGAUUAAAUUUACCAGCUAUUUUGAAUCCAUUUUGGAAUAAUAAAUAGUAUAUUUUCAGCCCAACAGUGCUACCCCCUAGCGGUCAGUGUAUAUAUUUCAUACAACUGUAGCCAGUUAAGCUUUUUUUAAAAUCCAAAACAUUUCACCCACACUCAUACUAUUUUUUUUUAAAUGUUGUACAGUUACGAGAUUAAAAUCAUGUGUCUUGGAUUUUUUUUCGGAUUAUAAAAAUGCAAGAAUAUAUUUAUAUAUUUUGGAGAAAAUGCAUAACAUUUACUUUUAUUAGACCUAAUAUAACUCACAAUUCUAGUCCACGACUAUCUUGAGAAUUUGCGACAUAAAAUCCUGCUUGAAACAUUAAACUCUUUGUUAAAUAUU